UAGAUCGGUGCCAUUCCACCACUUGGGUCACCCACUUUAGUUCGCAUUUCAUCUUGUUAACCCUAAGCCUACUAAAGACUACGCCAUGGGUUCUCUGAAGAAGGAGAAGUUAAACUCUACCAGUACCACUACUGAGCAGAGUUGCACAAAUCCUAGUUGCUUCUUUUGCGCCAUGAAAGAGCAAAACUUGUCGCUCAGGCGAGCUGGAAUAGCAAGUUGUUUCAAGGAAAUGCCCAUCAAAGACAGCCAAGAACACGUUCUGGUGCUUAGCAGUUUAUGGAACAUUGCUAUGACACAGCCAGAUGAUCCAGAGUUUCCAUCUCUCGGCAUCUUCAAUUGCAUGGCAAGGUUGAUCCAGAAAGGUGUUAAUGAUAGAAGCUGGCUUCUUGGGGAUGAAAACAUAUAUGUCCCUUAUUAUGCAGCUCAUGUAAUCGGCUCUUACACUAUGAACAAGGUUGAGUUUGCAGUGAGAGCUGUUGAAUCAGGUGUUAUACCACCAUUAAUGGAGCUUUUACGAGGAAAGAUUAGUUGGGUUGAGCAAAGAGUUGCUGUUAGAGCACUUGGUCACCUGGCAAGUUAUGAAAGAACCUUUGCAGCAGUAGCAGUGCACGAACGAGAGGUAGUGAAAUUAGCCACAGAGAUAGCUUCAACUUGCAUUGAUGUGGUGUUUGAUAAAUUUGUUGGGCUGAAGGAUACAGCGAAGAGGUUGAAGUAUCAUAGUAACUUGCUUACAAGAGGCGUUGGAGGGCUGGACAUGGAGAACAGGAAGGCAGAGGAAUGGGCUAGCCAACUUCAAUGUUGGUCUCUCUAUCUUUUAAAUUGCUUUGCUUGCAAGGAGAGGUGUUUAGAUCUCAUUUGCAGACAAGAAUUUUUAAAAGAUUUGUGUGGAAUGUGGGGUCGAUUGGUGAAUCAUUCAUCACCUGCAGGAAUAGGACUCAUUAGAAUAUUGUGCUACAGUAAAAAUGGAAGAAAAAGCAUUGCUGAAUCUAAAGAAGUUAUAAACAAUAUCUGCAAUCUCUCGAGAUCUUCAGAUGAUUGGCAGUACAUGGGUAUCGAUUGUCUUCUAUUACUUCUCAAAGAUCAAGAUACCAGGUAUAAAAUCAUAGAAAUCGCCACCUUGUUUCUUGCGGAUUUGGUUGAACUUAAAAGCCUUGGUAUUAGGUCAAAUGUUGGUGAAGCAAUCACAAGAGCACUCCUCUUAGACUACAAAAAAAGCAAAUCGAAGAUAAAGAACAAAAAAGCUCUAGAUGUGUUGCAAGAAAUAUGGGAUUUGAAAGUAGAGAAGAGAAAACUAGAGAAAAUAAUGCUGUCAGAAGAAAAGGCCGAGAAAAUGAGGGUUUUGGUGGGUUUAAUAAAGCAACAAGGAAACCAAAUGUUCUGUUUAGGAGACAUAGAAGAAGCUUUAGUUAAGUACACUGAAGCAUUAGACAUAUGCCCACUGAGAUUAAGAAAUGAAAGAAUGGUUCUUCAUAGUAAUAGAGCUCAGUGUCACUUGCUGCUAAGAGACCCAGAUGCAGCCAUAAGCGACUCAACUCGAGCUCUUUGCCUGUCAAACCCAGCAAACUCUCAUAGCAAAAGCCUUUGGAGAAGAUCACAAGCUUAUGACAUGAAAGGGUUGGCUAAGGAGAGCUUGAUGGACUGUAUAAUGUUCAUCAAUGGCUGCAUCAAAACAGAAACAGGCAAACGUGUGAAAAUCCCAUAUUAUGCUGCACGCAUGAUCAGCAAACAGACGGAAGCCACUUGGCUAUUUGCGAGUGCCAAGUCAAAGGCAUCAAGAAAUGAAGCAGUACAAGAAUCGGACGGCGAAUAUGUCUUGCAGAAAUAUGAGGAAAUAAUGAAAAUUAUGAUGGAGAAAAAGUGCUUCAUCUCUGGCCUGUCAACCAUAAUGGAAGAGCCGCUUGGGGGAAAAGAAGAGAGCAAAAGGAAGUUGGGCAGGCGGCCGAGAAGGGGUAAAAAUCAGGCGAUUGUGGUCCGAUCAACGUAGGGCAUGAAGAGUGGUGGGUGUACUUUUGGCUUUUGCCUCUUUUUGUUUAGUGGUUAUAUAAGUUGGGAUUUGGACCAUGAUGUUGAUUUUACAAUAGAAAUGGAGAAUGAAAUUAGGGAAUAUCUCAUGGAAUAUU